AUGAUUAAAGAUGAUAAUUAUGAAAGGGAAUUUGAGUUAAAAGAAUUAGAAAUAGAAACAAAGAAUGCAGUUCAAGUAGAAUAAUAAAAUGAAGUUAGUUUCAAGACCUGUUAAAUGGUUGUAUUGCUCAUAAUUUGUUUAAAAGAAAAGAGCUAUUUGAAACAUUUGAAUUUGAGGAAGAGGAAAAGAUUCCAGUAUUAUAAGAUCUAGAUUCCAUAAGAGUAAUGACAGAGUAAAUGUAAACAAUGCAAAAGAAUUUAUAGAGUAAGUACACUUUGAUUAAGAGAACAAAAUUAUUGUUUGAAAAAAGGGUAAAUUAAUUAAGGGAAACAUUAAUGAAUAUAAGAGUGAAAGAUUUUGAAGUGAAUGAUGAUUCAGUGAUAAAAGAAUUACAUUAAGCAAACAAAAGAAUGAUGGAGUUUUAAUAAUUGUCAGAGAAAUUUAGAAAAACCUAAUAAAAGCGUUAAGAGUAUUAAUAAAAGGAAUUAGAGCAUGAAUAGGAACAAUUAAGAAAAUAGUAGCAAUAAAUAAUAGAAUUGAAAAUGGAGAAUUAAAAAUUAUUGGAUAAAAUUUAGUAAUUAGAUUUAGAGGAGUAAGAAAAAAGAAGAAAAUUAUAUGAAUGUUUUUAAACUAGUGAAUACAUUGAAUUUUUUACAGAAGUGUAAAUGUUAUAAUAAGAUAAGGAGGUUUCAACUAUUUCUAAUGGUCAAUCUAGAUAAUUAGGUAGAGAUAGAUAAUCAACAAGACAUGAAAUAGUAACAAUGAUGGAUGAAUUCUAUAAUAACCAAAAUAUACAUAAAUUAAGUGAAGAAAUUACAGAUUUUUAUAGAUCUAUGGUAGAAUAAUUAAAAGUUUAAACAUAAACAUAUAAUUCUUUGAUUGAAGAGAAAGCUUUGAAAAAAUUGUAAUUAGAGGAAGUAGUUGAAGAGAGUUGUAGAUUGAAAGAUUAUAAUUGUAAUACAUCUCAAUAAGAUAUGAGUAUGAUAAAUUAAGAUGGUUUAGUUAAUGUUGCAGUUCCUUAAGUAAUGCAAGAUAAUAAUCAAUUAAGUAAUUAUGUUAAACAAAAUCAAAUGUGUUUAUUAUCUAUUCAUAUGAAAGCUAUUGAUAUGAUUUCAAGAAUGUGUAUAGGACUCAUAUGGUUAAGUGAAACAUCUAAAAUUGUACCUAAAUCUCUAGAUAAUCUAUGUUCCUAAUAUUUAAAGGGACAUUCUAAAGCAGAUAUAAAGUUAUUUAUUCCUAAGAAAUAUAUGGGUCAUACAAAACCAUAGAAAUAUGGAUCUUUUAUAUCCAUAAUAAAUAGAAAUAAGAAUGAGACUAGUCCAAAAGGUAGUAGUACUAAUAUUGUGACAACAAGUAUGAAUAAUGUUGAUAAAUCUAUUGAAAAUGAAUAGUUGAUUUAAUGUUUAACUAGAUUUAAGUAAAUGAAAAACGGAUAUGAACAAAUAUAAAUUGCAUGGAUGACAUUAGUUAAAAAUGAUAUAUUAACAUACAAAUUUGUUAAGGAUUUCAAUUUUGAUUAAAUUGAGAUCAAUCAACCUAUAUCAGAUAUAAUAUUACAAUUACAUAUAGUUUAUGCAGAAAUAAUAUUAAAGAUCAAUUAUUUUUAACAUUAUGAAUACUAAUUUGCAUAUUUUAGAGAUAUUGUAAAAAUUAUGAAUCAAUCUAAAUAAAAGAUCAAUACAAAUAUUACAAAUAAUAGUCAUAAAUUAUGUGAUUCAACCCAUCUGAGUAGUAGUUACACUCCAAAUAAGUUUAUUGAAGCAACUUAUAAGGGUUAAUUGAAAAGAUUAACUAAUCCUCCAGUUGAAGAAGAGGAGCCCAUCUUUUCUUAAAAUAAUGUAAAGAAGAUUUAAAAAACUAGUGAUGAAACUAAAUUUCAUUAAUUUUUUAUUUAGUAAUCUAGUAUUAUUUAGCGUAAAUCUCCUUUAUUACAUGAAAAACUUAUAUCUUAAACAUUAUAAACUAUAGAUUAGAUGCGUAAGAAAGAAUUAGAUGAUAAUUAUUAAACUUCAGAUCAAGCAGCUUCAGAUAAUGAUUAUCUUAAUUAAGAACGUAGAAAUCUUAAAGGAAUGUUAAAUAAAAAAAGUUAAUAAUAAUAAUAAUAUGUAUCUAAAUCUGAAGAAAAAGAUCUAAUCUCAUCAAGAUCAAUAAUGAAAUAAGUUAGUCUAUUAUCUAAAAUAUCACAUUGUAAGUUAUUCAAAAUAUUAUAGUAUCUAGAGUCAAUUCUAAUCAGAAUUAUAUACAAGUCAAUAAAUCAAUUUAGAGAUUGAAUUAAACUGUGCAGAAAAAAAUCUCAGAGUACUUUACAUAAGAUACUAAUUAUUAAGAGAAUAGAAUAAGAUAUCCUCCUAUUGAGAAAAAGAUAUCUUCUCGUUCUCCAGAAUUACAAAAAAAAUAAAUUAAUGAUACCUUUAAUAAGGAUCUUUCGUCUUUGAUCUUGAAUUCUACUUCAAAUGGUCGAUCAUUCAUGGCCUGA